GUGGGCGCGUUCGAGCCGUUGGAAGGUGCCCAAGCCCCGGCGCUGCGGUGAUGGGCGCUGCAAUGAGCGACUCCGUGCCAGAGAGAGCAGCCCAGACAAGCCCAUCCCCGCGGGGAUGGGGAGCAGGAGCGGGACCGGGCUGCGGGGGGAGCCAGCCUCCCCCGUGCAUCCAGGAGCCCUCGGUUCCAGCUGGAAGACGUCUCCCACGGGGUCAGUGGCCGGAGCGGGGCCGGAGCAGGGACACCGGCACCCAGCCCAGAGGAAUGGCGGUGGGAGCAGCUACUGCUAGGAUCACCAAAUGUUAAAAAGACAGGGUUUUCCAAGACAUUUGGGGGAAAACGACGCUAACACAGCUGUUGUCGGGCAGCACUUAGCUUGGAACAGAUAUCCGAAGCCUGGAAUGCCCUGUUGCUUGGGUUCCCGGCGGGGUGCCAGGGGUGAUGCUGGCAGGACUCAGCGAUCCACGCGGUGCCGUCUCCCUCCCCGCAGGUGCUGCCUGCUGUGCUCAGAGGUGUUUUCUCCAUUCCUGCCGUUGGAUGAGAUCCCAGCGGUGGGCAUGCGUGUGCCACACAAGCGCUUGGCAUGGCUGUGUCCCUGUGACCAGCACGGGACGCCCAAGCAGCGCCAGCGCCCGGGGCCUGGCUGCCGUCAGCCACGGCCCAGCCCUGCCACCAGCACCGUUCUGCCUCGGCUGCAGGAUGUGUUUGACACUUUGUGCCAAGCCUGGGAGGAGGAGGAAGAGGAGGGUGACAUGGUUUCCCUACCGUGACGGGGACAUGCCUUCCAGCAGCUGUGCCAGAGGCGUGCGGUGUGGCAGCUUAUCGACACAGCGUGUUUUCCUCCGAGACGAGUCCUCUGGCAGCAGCCAAGGGACAACUUAAAAGCUGGCCAAGGGUCAUUGUCAAAGGUCCCGCUUUCUCCAAAUAAUGUCACAAACUCUGUGCUCACAUGGAUACUCUUGCAAGAGGUCCCGGAAACCGGGAAAAUUAUCCAGCUCGUAAAACUUGCAGUGAGGAAACCCUCAGCAAAGUGCAGGGACACUCUCCCACACCAGCCAUAGGCCUGCAGCCCCUGGGGAGCUGGGACCCGCUCGGGAGGAGAGGCAGCAGCCACCCGCCAGCACCCUGGGCUGGGGUCUGCAGCGAGUGGGGGAUCCAGGGAAAGAAUCACCAGAGCCCCUGCAGGGCUCCAUCAGCCCCCGACACAGGUUUCUCGGGGAGCUCACAGAUUCCCACCUGGAGAAAGCAGAGCAGCACGGGCUGCCUUCUGCACUCACAUCCCCAAUCACCUGUGCGCUGCUGGGGACAGGGUCUGUGCGUGCCCUGGUGUGGGUUGUCCCCUGCAGAGCCGGGCACGGGCGGGCACGGGCUGACAGAGGCACCCACCCAGCCGAGGGACCGCGGUGGGCGACCCUCACAGCGUCUCCCCGCGUGGGAGCCUGUUUUUUAAUAGUUCCUUCCUUAUGGGCUUUUCUGUAUAAAUAGAACGAGCAGUUCCUGUUUAGGGAAGCUGGCAGACGGCACAGCGAGGUUUAGUGUUACGGCCCCACGUGAAGGUGGGCGGCGGCCCGGGCACGGUGCAGAGACACCCGCAGCGCGUUUGCCCACGCGGGACGGACGCGGCCGGAGCCGGGCGGGUCUCUGGGAAGGGGCUGGCUCUUCAUGCCGUGGGAGAGGUUCUGUGCGGCGGACACCUCCACGAUGGGCAGUGUCACAGCUGCUCCGGUGGGUUCGCUGCUCCGGGCACCCCCCUGCUCAGCCCAGCCUCAGCGGGACAUGCCUCCCAGCACAGCGUGCCGGGGCCGAGGGAGGGGUUGCACAGCCCAGGGCCACCUGCUCCCUCAGGAUCGAGCUUCCAGCACAGGCAGCUGCAGCCCUGACCUCCAGAAGGUGCUGGGAGCAGGCGGGGUCACAGCAUGUGCCGGGGUCGGGCUGUGCUGCCGCAGUGGCACCUUCACCGGUGGCUGGUGCUCUGGGUGCUGGGGGACCCCAGCUCGGAACUGAAGUGGGCCUCCAGUGGGGAGGAUCCCUCAUGGGAUUCCCGCGGGGAUGCGUGCUCACCGGCAGCGCCGUGCACACGGGUGGGCGCUGCCCGCGGCCGGGACAGCGCAGCUCCGGCGCUGCCGGCUGUGCGCAGCGGGGCCGGCAGCUCACGGCCGGGCUGGGAAUCGUCCUGCCUGUUUGCACAAGUGCCGGCGUGGCCUUGGGGGAGGUCAGGGGCCCCGGGGACGUGCGAGCCCGGCGAGGUGGUGUUUGGGGAGGGGGUCCCUGCCCCGCUCCCUGCUGAGAGCUUGAUUAGAUUCUGCUCAAUUUACAGCCCUUUGGCUCCCUGGUGUUUCCCUUCAGCCAGCAGGACCUGGUUUCCCUUUGAACGAAAGAGGGUUUUUUGAAAUGCAAAAUGUGUGAAGUUUUGCAGCCCUUCAGAAAGGGGAGGAAGCCUCUGGCCUGUGCGGGCUGUGGGGAGCUGGGGGUCCGUGCCCAGGUCAGGGAGCGCCACUGCCCCGGUGCCACCAGCGCAGCAGCCCCGCGGCGCAGGAAGGAGGAUCCCUGCGCGGCCGUGGGUGCUGCCUUGUGGCAGGACAUGGGCCCCGUGGGCCUCUGCCCUUUCCCACGCCGCUCUGCGCUCCGCUGUGGUCCGGGGAGGACCGGGAGCCAGAGCUCAACUUGUUUCCCAGCUCUGCCACCGUUCUGUUUCCCAGGAUGAGUCAGAGUCCCUGUGGGCAGAGCCCUCUCCCUCCGGGGUCACCGCACUGCCUCUCCCUGCUCCCCCGGCGCUUGGAGCAGGCACAUCCCCGCCCGUGGGACACCCAGAGCGGCCUGGCCAUGCUCCUGCCAGCCCAGGGGUCCCCCGCAGGUGCACAGCUGGUGGCAGGGGGUGGGAGGGACUCAGCUCCCCUGUUCCUGAGCACAACGGGAGAAAUGAGCUAAAGCGGCCGAAAAGCACCCUGGGCUCUGUAGCGUGAAUCAGGGCCAUGUGUGGGAACAAGGGAGUCCUUGAGCCUGUGCCUCGGGCCAUCGCGGCAGACUGAGGGGCCGAGCUCACCCCGAGGUGGCUGCAUGUCACCACAAACAAGGAACCCUGUGUGGGCUUGCAGCCGUGCCGUGGGGGCACAGAGGCGCUGCUGGGUCCUCUUGCCACCAUCCCUGCUCACUGAGGUCUUGCUGGAGGCUGGGAAGCAGCCACAGAAACGAGACUGAAGUACCUGGGCCACAAAACACCGCAGGGAUGAGCAGCUCCCUGGGCUUUGUCUCUGUCAGCCCGGCUGCAGAGCGGUGGGACAGGGUGCUCUGGAGCAAUGCCUCACACUCUUUGGGGCGCAGCCAUGAGCCCCAGGGGCAGUGGGAGAUCCCUGGGCAAGCAGCACUGGGGGAGUUGGCUGUGAUGGUCUGCUGGGGUUGGCGAGGCCCUGCGGGACACCCGGGUGGGGCACCGGGCUCAUCACGUGUCCCGCAGGCUCUGGGUGACGUGGACCAGGUCCGGAUGACCUCAGAGGGCUCCGACUGCCGCUGCAAGUGCAUCCUGCGGCCGCUCAGCAAGGACGCCUGCAGCCGCGUCAGGAACGGCAGCGCGCGCGUGGAGGAUUUCUACACCGUGGAGACGGUGAGCUCGGGGGCUGACUGCAAGUGCUCCUGCACCGCGCCCCCCUCCUCACUCAACCCCUGUGAGAAUGAGUGGAAGAUGGAGAAGCUGAAGAAACAGGCCCCUGAGCUCUUCAAGCUGCAGGCCAUGGUGGACCUGCUGGAGGGAACGCUGUACAGCAUGGACCUGAUGAAGGUGCACUCCUACAUCAACAAGGUGGUGGCACAGAUGAACACGCUGGAGGAGACCAUCAAGACCAACCUGAGCAGGGAGAAUGACUUCAUGAAGGAGAGCGUCCAGCACCUCACCGACCAGAUGAAACGCUACGAGAACUACUCUGACAUCAUGAUCAGCAUCAAGAAGGAGAUCUCCAACCUGGGCUACCAGCUGCUGCAGAAGGAUGCGGCUGCCAUCCCCGAGAGCAAGGCACAGGACACGACAGGUGGCCGAGAGAAGGAGGCAGGACGGUACCCCAGCACCCGCAAGGCACUGGGGGACAGGGCAGGCCCCCGAGCGCCCAAGGAGAAGCCGCUGAAGCCCGAAAAGCCCAAAAAGGAGAACACCAAGGCCAGGGCGGGGUCACAGCCCACGGCCAAGCCCAAGCCCCUGGCGCAGCAGCAGACUGUGGUCCGAGGCAUCACGUACUACAAGGUCGGGCAGGCGGGAGCGGCGGAGGGUCCGGCCGGCAGCCGCGAGGGCCCUGUGAGAGGGGCAGCUGCGUCAGAGCAGCAGGAGGACAGGGGCCCCCUGCCCCCCUCAGCUGAGGGCACCCCAGCCCAAGCUGUUGCACAGACAGAGACCACCGUGCCCAGCACCACGGCUGCGCCCAGCACCGCCCCGGCCCCCCGCAGCACCACCCGCAGCCCCCCCGGCCCCGGGCAGGGCUCUGACAGCACCGGGGACCCCGAAACACCGAACAGAGUGAAGGAGGUGGAGUGCGAAGGCACUGUCGAGUCCGUGGAGCCCCCCACGGAGCAGCACAGCUACGGGCGCAAUGAGGGGGCCUGGAUGAAGGACCCGGCAGCCAAGGAUGACCGCAUCUACGUCACCAACUACUACUAUGGGAACAGCCUGGUGGAGUUCAGGAGCCUCGACAGCUUCAAGCAGGGCCGCUGGAGCAACCUCUAUAAGCUGCCCUACAACUGGAUUGGCACCGGGCACGUGGUGUACAAAGGGGCCUUCUACUACAACCGUGCCUUCACCAAGAACAUCAUCAAGUAUGACCUGAAGGAGCGGUACGUGGCAGGCUGGGCGCAGCUCCACGACGUGGUGUACGAGGACACGACGCCCUGGAAGUGGAGGGGCCACUCGGACAUCGACUUCGCUGUGGAUGAGAGCGGGCUUUGGGUCAUCUACCCCUCGGUGGACUAUGACUACUCCCAGCAGGAGGUGAUCGUCCUCAGCCGACUGGACCCCGUGGACCUCUCGGUGCGCAAGGAAACCACCUGGAAGACGGGGCUGAAGCGCAACACGUACGGGAACUGCUUCAUCAUCUGUGGCAUCCUCUAUGCUGUGGACACCUACAGCCAGAAGGAAGGGCAGAUCUCCUACGCCUUCGACACGCACACAGACACGGAGGCAGAGCUCCGACUGCCCUUCCUCAACCACUACUCCUUCACCACGCAGGUCGACUACAACCCCAAGGAGAAGGUGCUCUACGCCUGGGACAACGGCCAUCAGAUGACGUACGGGCUCCGCUUCGUGGUCUGAGUGCCCGGGCGGGUCCCACUGCACUCCUGUGCCCACCCUGCGCCGUGCCUGGCUGGGGCACCCUGACGCAGCCUGGCCCUGGCACCCCAACUCCAGCCAGGGCUGUGGCAAGAGCCCCAAAACCUUCCCCAUCUGCUAUGGCCAUCACCUGCACCGUGCCCACUGUGCUGCAGGGCAGGGAGAGCACAUGAGAGCAGCCCCCAGCAGACCCCCCUGUGACAACGUGGCCCCCGGGGCCGUGGCAGCUCGGCCAGCAUCGCCUUCCCGGGGGGCACAGAGAGGAGCCCAGCCCCGCAUCCCUCUGCCACCGCCCGCCCUGCAGCAGCGCACUGAGCACCUCCUGCACUGCCCCCAGCCCAGCCACGCUCCCCGCACGCCCGCCGGGACCGCGUGUGCCAUCACUGCCAGCCGUGCCAGUGCCGGGACAGCCCCGUGCCCUGCCUGCACCCAGCCCCGUGGGGCGGGCGGGCCCCCUCACUGCCAGGCGCCAGGAACAGGUGCCAGUCGCUAUUUUAGGAAGUGUGAUUAAGAUGCCUUUGCUUUUGCUGAUCAUGAGUUUGUUAUUUAAAUGCAUUCACUGGAGCCGUGCAAGUCCCCUUCGGCAGCAGGCGUGGAGGAGCCUGCCUGGGGUGUCCUGCCCGCGCAGCCACCCGCACGCCUGCCCUCACACCUGCCCUCAGCCCUGCCCUCAGCCCUGCCCUCAGCCCUGCCCUCACACCUGCCCUCAGCCCUGCCCUCACACCUGCCCUCAGCCCUGCCCUCAGCCCUGCCCUCACACCUGCCCUCAGCCCUGCCCUCACACCUGCCCUCAGCCCUGCCCUCACACCUGCCCUCAGCCCGCGCCCAGCACGGGACAGGGCAGCCCUCGGGCCGCUCGCUCUCCGUGCGAGGCAGAGCGAGGGGCUGCGAGCGCUUGGCUUGGUUUUGGUCAUUUUAGACAUGAACAGUACUAAAACAUAACAGAUGUGA